GCCGGCCGGGCGGCCCCUCGGUUGGCGCAGCGCCCGCUGGGAGAUGUAGUCUUUUUCGGGAGGACGGCGCCGUUGGUCCGAGGGCCGUCAGGGCGGGAAUGGACUACGUUUCCCGACAGGCUCUGGGGCGCGGGCUGGACAGCCCCGGCGCCCGAGUCCUCCGCUGUCAGAACGGCUGGGGGCGGCGGGACGCGAGGACCUGCCCGACCUGUCGCCGUCGCCAUGGAGAGCAGAUGCUACGGCUGCGCGGCCAAGUUCACCCUCUUCAAGAAGGAGUGUGGCUGUAAGAACUGCGGACGCUCCUUCUGCUCCGGCUGCCUCAGUUUCAGCGCCGCCGUUCCCCGGGCGGGCAACGCCCAGCACAAGGUGUGCAAGCCCUGCCAUGAGCUGCUGACCAGGGGGCCCUCUGUGGCCAGUGCUGCCAGGUGGUCCCCCCCUGAGAACUACAAGAGACGUGUCGCUGAACUGGAGGCCAGACGGGGUCCGGCAGCCUCCAGGCCUGCAGCCCAACUCUCCGCGGACCAGGUCAUCGCCCAGCGGCUGGAGAGGCUCCGGCAGGAGAGCCGGCCCAGGGUGCUCUCCGGACCUGACCGGUGCCCCGGUGCCCCCACAGAGCCCGUGCCCUCCCCAGCGGAGAUUGAAGCCCGCCUGGCAGCCCUACAGGCCCCGCGAGGCCCCGUGCUCUCCAUCCGGGAGAUGGAAGAGCGUCUGGCGGCAUUGCAGGGUCAUCCACCGCCCACCGAGGCCCCCCGGCCGGCCCAUCAGCCCCCCGACCCCAGGACCCAGGCCCAGCAGGCGGAAGACUUACUGGCCCAGCUGGCAGCUGAGGUGGCCAUCGAUGAGAUCCACGAACGGGUGACCCCACCCGCAGCCGCCUCCCCCCAGAACGACCUGAACAGGGGCAGCCCGGGCAGCCGGAGCGGGGGUCCGGAGGGUCCGGGCCCCCGGCAGCUGGAGGAAGAGAAGGGCCGGCUGCUGGCCGAGGCCGCCGCCGAGCUGCGGGAGGAGAACACCCGGCAGGAGCGGGUCCUCGCCCUGGCCAAGCGCCUGGCUGUGCUGCGGGGCCUGGACCCCGACCGAGUGACCCUGCAGGACUACCACCUGCCCGACAGCGAUGAGGACGUGGAGGAGGAAGAGGCCAUCCGCAGGGUGCUGCAGCAGCUCACGGAAGAAGCAGCCCUGGACGAGGCCAGCGGCUUCAACAUCCCCGCCGGGCAGCCGCCCCCCAGCCAGCCCCGGCCCCACCGGCCAGAGGUCCAGAGCCCGACCCCCAUGCCCGCCGUGCCCACUUUGCCCGCCACGCCUACGGAGGAGGAGCUGCCCUGGUGCUGCAUCUGUAACGAGGACGCGACCCUCCGCUGCCACGGCUGUGCCGGGGACCUCUACUGCUCACGCUGCUUCCGGGAGGGCCACGAUGCCUUCGAGCGGAAGGAGCACAGGACGACUGCCUUCCGCGCGCCCCGGGAAGGCCAGGACGACUGAGGCAGGGCCGCCCGGCCGAGGAGGAAACCCAGUCCCGGCCCUGGCCGACGAGUGCCCGACCCGGCACGAAGCGGUGGCUGGAAACUGAGGCGGACCUGUCGGCUCCGGGCACCAACACAGAAAGCCAUCUCAUUCUCCGGGCCUCGGUUUCUCCACGUCUGGAAUGAAGAGGGCAGCCAGCCUAGGAGGAAGUGCCGUGGGGAAGAAGUCCAGGGCCGGGGCUACAGCUGGUCUGGACUCUCUGGCUCCAAUAAAAUACACCAUCCACUCUCCCUGAUCCCCAAA